UGAUACAUCAUGUGUUGUAGAAUGUUACCGGAAGCGCAUUCCGUGAACAAAAUUGUAAACAGUAAAGAACACUGUCGAUUUUUUUUCGUAAAAACCUAGAUCAUGCCUUAUUUUCUAAGAGCAAAAUGUAUUGUAGUUGGUGAUACUACUAGUGGGAAGAGCUCCUUGUGUCAGGUUUUCCAUAGUGACAAUUCAUUCUUUCCCAAAAAUUACACAAUGACAACAGGAGUUGAGCUGCUUGUCAAGACUGUCAAUAUACCAGACACAAAGGAUGCUGUGGAGCUGUUCUUGUAUGACUCAGCUGGCAAGGAGAUGUUCUCAGACUUCAUCGUUAAGUUUUGGGAUCACCCCUCGCUGUUGAUAGUGGUGUACGACUGUACCAGCGAGACCUCCUUCAACAGCUGUGAGAAGUGGCUACAGCGGGUCAGACAGCUCAGCCCAGAUGUGAACAUUCCUGGCGUAAUCAUAGCCAACAAAACAGAUCUGGACCAGAGAAGGGUCAUCAGUCCCAAGAUGGGCACAGACUUUGCCCAGUCACAUGGUCUCAAGUACUUUGAAUGCUCAGCUAAAGAGAUGCAGGGUGUGGAUGCCCCAUUCUAUUACCUGGCAAAUGAGUUUCACAAGGUUUACCAAGACCGACUAGACAUGUUCAAGUCAAUGGGCAUGCAGUAAAACUCAAAGUGAUCAUAGACUUUCAGGGAAAAACCAUGUUUUAAACUGUUUACCAUUCCGUCCUUAUUUAUUAUUAUUAAUGAGUGUUAUUAUCUGCAUUGAACAAAAUAAAGUAGUAUACACUGCUGA